CGCGUGCGUCCCCGUUUAGUCCGGUGGUUCGGUCGUCCCCGGCGCGGAAUUGCUGCCGAAGGGGCCGAGGUUCCUUGUCUUAAGUCUUUAAAAAAUACAACAUAAAAAUGGCUUCGAAAAGAGCUCUGGUCAUCCUGGCCAAAGGAGCAGAGGAGAUGGAGACAGUCAUCCCCGUAGAUGUCAUGAGGCGAGCUGGAAUUAAAGUCACCAUUGCGGGUCUGGCUGGGAAAGACCCAGUACAGUGUAGCCGAGACGUCGUCAUUUGUCCUGAUGCCAGUCUGGAAGAUGCAAAAAAAGAGGGACCUUAUGACGUAGUGGUUCUGCCGGGAGGCAAUCUGGGUGCGCAGAAUUUAUCUGAGUCUGCUGCUGUGAAGGAGAUACUGAAAGAACAAGAAAAAAGGAAGGGCCUCAUAGCUGCCAUCUGUGCAGGUCCUACGGCUCUUUUGGCUCAUGAAAUAGGUUUUGGAAGCAAAGUUACAACACACCCACUUGCUAAAGACAAAAUGAUGAAUGGAAGUCAUUACAGCUACUCCGAGAACCGUGUGGAGAGAGACGGCCUGAUCCUCACGAGCCGCGGGCCUGGAACCAGCUUUGAGUUCGCUCUCGCGAUCGUCGAGGCACUGAACGGCAAGAACGUGGCUGACCAAGUGAAGGCCCCGCUCGUUCUUAAAGAUUAGAGCGGACAUCUUUGAUCAGAAGUAGAGAAACAGGCCGUUUGUAAUCAUUCUCACCACGUUCACUUGAAGCAAAACGUGUGGUUCCC